AUGUCUCACAAUCCCGGACCGUCCCGUCGCAUUCCUGCUAAUUCAUACCCGCCCCUUCGCAAAGGCGUCCAACAUUACAAACUUGGGCAGAUGAUCGGCCAGCUACCGCAGCCCCAGAUCGACUACUACCAGGAGAAGCUGAAUCAGAUGACCUGGACCAGCGAGUUCUUCUACUCGUGGUCCAUCUUCCUCACCAAGAUGGCAGUCCUGGCGUUCUACUGGCGAAUGUUUAAGCGAUUGCCCAUCCGCUGGCCGAUCAUCAUCCUAGCUUGUUCCUGUGUCAUCUGGAUCAUAAUCCGGACUUUCAUGACCAUAUUUCGCUGUUCGCCCAUUCAGUACUACUGGCACAAGUCGAUCAAUGGUCACUGCUCUAUCGACGCUGCAACGUAUUACGUCGCAACCGAUUCGACACAUACUGCUCUCGACGUGCUUAUCCUUACUCUGCCUGUCUCUGAAGUUGUCAGGAUGAAACUCCCGUUGGGCCAGAAGAUCUCCGUUGUUGGUCUUUUCUCGUGCGGACUCAUCGUCUGUAUCGCCUCUGCCUUCCAGAUCGUCCAAAGUCGCCAGUAUAAUCCUCAGUCUAUAGAGGUGCCGCAUCAGCUGGCACUCUCCUUAACGUGGGCCGCCGUUGAGCUGAACUUGGCUGUUCUUGCUAGUUGCCUGCCUCUUCUGCGUCCCAUCUUCCGGAAGUUCAUUCCUGGCUUAUCUACUGGCGAUAGCUCGGGCACAAGUCGACCCAGCGUCGCAUUUGGCCCCUCUUCUGGCCCUAGGGUUGUACCGAGUUAUCUAAUGAGCGACGAGCUCUUCGACGAAAGCCUGCCUCACCUCGGGUCGGUUCAAGAGCAUCCUACCGUUUCCUUGCCAGAUUCCAAUGGUGCGAGCUUAACAGGACCCGCAACAGAUCAUAGAGAACGGCGUAUAUUGGGUAUGCAGGAUCCGCAAGGAAUUCAUCUACCCCCGCGGUCAUUUUAG